AUGUCUGACGGGAGACUGCAGUCUUCUCGCGACUACGACUCACGCGACCGCCGUAGGGAUCGGGACCGUGAUGGCGAUCGCCGCGACCGGAGACGCUCUCGCUCGCCGCAUCACCGCUCCCGCCGUGAUGGACCAGACGUAGACAGCUACGCCUCCUCUCGGGACUAUCGUGAGCGCGAGCGCGAGGACAGAUACGGCGGAAGACGCGAUGGUGGUAGAGACUGGGGCAGAGACCGUGGCUCCGCGCGCAGAGAUGCUCGGAGAGACGACGAUGGAGACCGCCGUCGUGACCGGCGAGACCGUGAAGAUCUGUUUGCAGACAGGAGACCACCACGGAGUGAUGGCCGCGAGCACGACCGUCGCCCCGACAGAGGCGACCGGGGCCGCGACCGCGAUGACAUGCGCCAGCUCGAGCGCCAGGCCGCGCGCAUGAGCGCUUCCCCUCCACGCAAACCCAAGGAACCCACUCCAGACCUCACUGAUGUCGUCCCAGUUCUUGAGCGCCAGCGCCGUCUGACUCAGUGGGACAUCAGGCCCGCUGGCUACGAAAAUGUCACGGCAGAGCAGGCGAAGCUGUCUGGGCUGUUUCCUCUUCCAGGAGCACCGCGUGCACAACCCGUGGAUCCAUCGCGACUCAAAGCAUUCAUGGACCAGCCAGGCAACCAGGCCAACACAUCGGCCCUCAAGCCGUCCACUGCUCGGCAGUCCAAGCGUCUUCUCGUGUCCAACUUGCCUCCGACGGCUACCGAUGACAGCCUCGCCGACUUCUUCAACCUGCAACUCAACGGACUGAACGUGACCCGCGGCGUCGAUCCUUGCAUCUCGGGCCAAAUCAACAAAGAGAAGGACUUUGCUUUGCUCGAAUUCAAGACCCCCGAGGAUGCCACCAAUGCCCUGGCAUUUGACGGCAUCGAGAUGGAACCCAACGCCAUGGUCACUAAUGGCAAUGAAAAUACCGCCAAGGGACUCCAGAUCAAGCGUCCAUCCGACUACAUUGUCCCCGCCGUGACCAGUGACGGCGAGAACGAGGGCGGAGUCCUUUCUGACUACAUUCCUGACUCGCAGAACAAGGUUUCUGUGAUAUUCCCCGCUUACAUUGACGAGGACCAGCUCAUGGAACUCAUGACCGCGUUCGGUGAAUUGAAAGCGUUGGUGCACGUGCGGGAUGCCACGACGCAAGAGAGCAAGGGUAUCGCUUUCUGCGAAUACAAAGACUCGAGCGUGACCAAGACGGCUGUUGAGGGACUCAACGGUAUGGACUUGGGCGGCACUUCUAUCAAGGUGAAGCUUGCGAGUGUGGGUAUCUCGCAGGUUAGCGGAGAGAUCAGCGUGAAUGCUCUGAGUAUGGUGGCUGGCACGGCGCGGAACGAGGGCGAGAACGGACGUGUGCUGUGUCUGAUGAACAUGAUCACGCCUGAAGAGCUCAUGGACCCGGAUGAGGCUGACGGUAAGGUACGAGGUCUUCUACUCAAGGCUGAAGCUGACUGAUUUGGCAGAAAUUCUCGAGGACGUCAAGGAGGAGGUGGCGAAGUACGGGAAGUUGCUGGAGGUGAAGAUGCCGCGGCCAACCGGUGGCUCGCGUCAAAACAAUGGCAUAGGUAAGAUUUAUCUUAAGUACGAGGAGUCGGCGAGCGCAGCAAAAGCAUUGGCGGCAUUGGCGGGCAGAAAGUUCUCGGACCGAACGGUGGUGGCGACUUACUUCGGCGAGGAGUACUUUGACGUGAACGCCUGGUAA